AUGAACCUGUUGCUGGUUGGUGCGACAGGUGCUGGCAAAAGUUCCACAGGGAACUCUAUACUGGGCAAGAACGUCUUUGAAACAGCCUCUAGCUCUGCACCGACAACCAAACAACCCCAGAUCGCGUCAGCAGACAACGACGGAUACAAGUUCACAGUUGUCGAUACGCCGAGUGUUAGUGUCGCCAAGCUCGAGCAGAACAGUUUGAAGGAGAUUUUAUUCAAAAACUCAUCAACAAGUUCUAAAUACUAUGAUGCUAUCUUGUACGUCAUACCGUUUCUUGAACUUUCUAGGGAAGAAGAUAAAAGAAACGUUGAAAUUUUAAAAAGGAUGUUUUGGGACAAAGUAAUGAGGGAAAAUACAAUUCUUGUAGUUACACAUUAUAUGAAAUGGUUGCGUGGUGAAGAAAGCGAACGUGCUUUUAUUGAUUAUUGGGACUCAUGGUUUAGUCUCACUUUCAGAUUAGUGCUAAAGGAUUGUGGAUGGAGAUUUGUUUUGUUUGAAAACAUUCCAGAAGACAAGGAAAGGAUGAAGAAUCAAAUCAGAAGAUUGGCCGAAGAAGUCAAUGAAAUCAGAAAAACAUAUUCGAAACACAAUUUACGUUGGGGACUGGAAGAGACCGUGACAAAAAUUUGUAACGAGUUUAAAAACAUUUCAGCGGACGACCCUCGGCGUCUGUAUUUGCUAGAGGGGCUAAAAAAUCGACUUUUAACCAAGAUUGAUUUCCUCUUGGAUAUAAUAACAAGGAAGCCGACCUUGGUACAAGUUCUGCGUGCAUCAAUCCAGUUGCUUGACGAAAUCAAUCGUGACAUCCUAGCAUUCAAUUUCCUCAAGAACAAGGAACCUGAACCUAAACCUGGAUUCGUAGAACGUUUAGUAAGAUUCAAGAAUAAAGUGUGGUUUAUUUUAGGUUAUCCGUCUAAACCAAAAGACCAAUGCGAAGAAAUGUAG